GAAAACAGCACUGUUGACCAUGGGAUUUUCCUUCAAUGUCCUCUUUCUUGGAUGGAUGCUGAUGGGACAGAAGUGGAUGGUUAGAUGCCAAAGGUAUCCCAAGCCCACCAUCUCUGUGAGCCCGAGUGAGGUGGUUGCCCUGGGGGGACACGUCACUGUCCAUUGUAAGAGCCAAGGGUACGCAGGCAUGGAAUUCUCGCUGUGCAAAGAAGGCUCUGCUUCCGUGGACUGUCGCAGCACCAAGGUGGCAGCGGUGGAAGAGGUUGCAUUUUCCAUCGUUGAUGCCCAACAAUCUGACGGUGGGACCUACCGCUGCAUAUAUCAUUCCAAAUCAGAUGAGGGUCCCUGGUGGUCAGAUUACAGUGACGAAGUACACAUCAAUGUAACAGGUGAGGGUCUUACUCAGUCUUUGCAUGACAUCUUCUCAAUGGACACUCAAAUGGGGGCGGCGUCCUUUUUCCAAGCCUCCGAGUGUCAGAAGCGAUGCCUGAACCUAGCCGUCCAGGCAGAGACACUUCCAGACAGGGAACGAAACCUCCCUGUUGGACUCAGAGCAGGACGCUGGACCUUAGAGGAACCCCAGAUGCCCCCUGUGCUCACUGCACACUUCCUGGUCCGGGGCCCCUCGGGCAGGGGCCGGGCAGGGCCCCGCAUCCCAGCUGCAGCCGCUGAGAGGAAGCAAGCCCCCAUGUUGCCGCAGCACAGCAGGACCCACAGCCAUGGCGCCUUCUUGAGAAGAAGGGCCCUGGGACCACGGGGCGGGCGGUGGGGGGAGGAAGGUGAGGGGAGGAAGACACGGUCUCCGUUCCUGGUGCUGAACCGCCUCGCAACUAACGGAAUCAUCUUUCCAGGCUGGUGGCUGACCAGGCAGAGAUGGGCAGCCAGUGGGGAAGUUUACCCCAAGCCGUCCAUCUCCGUGAGCCCCAGUGUGGUGGUACCUUUGCGGGGGAACUGCACCAUCCUCUGCAAAGGCCAAAAGCUCCCUCAAGUGGAAUUCAUUCUGGCCAAAUUAAAGUCAGAACAGAUUUGGACCGUCAGCACGGUACUUUCAGAGGCAUAUGAGGUUUCAUUCCCCGUUGCUGCGAGCACACAUGUAACAGCAGGGACUUACAUGUGCAUGUACAGAUCAAGAAUAUACCCUUUGCAGCAAUCCUCACAUUAUAGUGACCCUGUAAAGAUCUAUGUCAGAGAACAGAAACAUCGCAAGCCCAACAUCUUGGUAAGCAGUGAAGAGGUUCCCGUGGGGGGAAAUCUCAAGAUCUCCUGUAGGAAUGAAGAGCAUCGAUACGCAGUAUUCUCCCUCAUCAAAGAAGGGGCUCCAGAUGUUCUGCAAACCCUGAGAGCAGAUAGGGAUGGAGCAAUAUUUCCCAUUACCGCUGCCAAAGAAUCUGAUGGGGGCAUCUAUUGGUGCGACUAUUGCUCUCCUCACAGCCCUGAUCAUCGAUGCUCAUAUUUCAGUGACAAAGUAUACGUCCACCUAACAGAUCCCAAUCUCCGCAAGCCCUCCAUGCAACUGCAGCGGAAGGGUCAGCUCGCUCUCGAUGCCGAGGUCACAAUCCGCUGCCGGGGGCCAGAGAAGGCUCUGAGGUUCUCCCUCCUCAGAUCAAAGCAGAUCAAAGCAUCACAGUUGGCAGAACCAGACAGCAGGGUGGCCACGUUUCGUAUCUUCAUGGGCACUUGGAAGGAUGCAGGAGGCUACACUUGCCGAUACCACCACAAAGAACAUCCCUUUGUAUGGUCAAACCAGAGUAACCCAGUGGAGCUGAUUCUGAGAGAUCCCGGACUGCCCAGACCCUCCAUCCAGGUCAGGCCCAGCGGCCAGCCUGCUCUCAGCAUGAACGUCACCAUCGAGUGCCAGGGGCCAGAGAAGGGUCUGCAUUUUAUUCUGCUGAAAUCCAGGGAACGGAAAGCAUCACAGUGGGCAGAGGAAGACAGAAGCACAGCCGAGUUCCCUCUCUCCCUGAUGAGCCCGGAGGAUGCAGGGACCUACGCAUGUCAGUAUCAUCGCAAAGGAAAGCGCUUUUUGUUGUCCGAGCCAAGCGACCCUGUUGAGCUGCGUCUGAGAGCUGGCCUGUCUUCCGAGACCAGCAUCCGCCUGGGAGUGGCCGCUCUGGUCCUGCUUGUCCUGCUGCUGAUCGUGGCUGAGGCUGGGUGCAGAUGCAGGAAGGGGCAGCUUUGAGCCCUCCUGAUGGACCCAUGGACCUCCCCCAAAUAAUCAGCAAGCCCAGAAGAGAGCAUUGGGCUCACUCUAGCUCCUGCGGUGGAAAAUGAAAUUAUGCCCCAUCCAAUCAUUCUAUGGAAUCAGUUGGCACAGCAAAAAACACAGCAAAAUUACAAACA